AUAUGUACACAAAAAAAAAAAUGAAUCCACAAGAAUUCAAGUUAUUUUUCCAAGAAAUGCAAAACCAACGUGCGAAAGACACCGAAGCAAUGCGUGAACUUUUCAAGGAGUGUUUGCAAAUGAAAGCAGUUCCGAAAACAGAAAAACCGGAGCAAACAAUGGAGAUUUUAGCAUCGAGUCUAACGGAAUUUGUUUAUGAUCCAGAAAAUAACUUAACAUUUGAAACGUGGUAUACGAGGUAUGAAGAUUUGUUCUUAGUAGAUGGUAGCAAACUUGAUGACGCAGCGAAGGUCAGGCUACUAUUAAGGAAACUCAGUACAACUGUGCAUAACAAAUAUAUGGACUUUAUUUUGCCUAAGCAUCCACGUGAAUAUAAUUUCACUACAACAGUGGAGAAAUUAAAACAACUGUUUGGACUCCAAAAGUCACAAUUCAGCUUACGCUAUAGCUGCUUACAGUUAACCAAACCACCAGAUGCCGACUAUACUACGUACGCAGCCGAAGUUAAUAAACAAUGUGAAAAUUUUAAAUUGAAUAGCCUGUCACUGGACCAGUUCAAAUGUUUAAUGUUCGUAUUGGGGCUGAAAUCGGAAGCAGACUUCGAAAUAAGAACCCGAAUAUUGACCAAACUGGACACAGAAGCUGAUACCAUCAACUUGGAAAAACUUACAAACGAGUGUCAGCGUAUUAUUAAUUUAAAAUCCGACACAGCGCUGGUAGAAAAUAAAUCACGUGAAAAUCAGGUGAAUCGAGUACAAGCAAAUAAGCUUAAGAACAAUCACAAACCGAAAACACCAUGCUGGUUUUGUGGAGCAAUGCAUUAUGUGCGUGACUGCCCAUACAAAAAUUAUAAAUGCGAAGACUGUCACAACAUAGGCCAUAAAAAAGGUUAUUGCAAAGCGAAAAAUUUAUCAAAAUCAAAAUGCAAUAGCAACAACAAAAAUAAUAGCAAUGGUAAAGCAAAAACAUUUUCACAGCCACGAUCCAACAGUAUAUACACAACGAACAGCAUCACAGCUUCACAGCGUAAAUAUGUCCACGUUAAAAUCAACAAUGUGCGAAUCAAAUUGCAAUUUGAUACUGCAUCGGACAUAACUAUCAUUUCAAAAUUUAAUUUCGACAAAUUAAAUAUUUUAAAUACAAUGGAAGUACAACCAGAAUCUGCUAAAAGUGCAACUGGAAACUUACCAUUGUACGCAAAAUUUACAUGUGAUGUGCAGUUAAAAGACACAAUUAGAACACUUACGUGCUUCGUUACAACGAUCGAUUUGAACGUAUUCGGAUUGGACUGGAUAACUGCUUUUCAACUUAGCGAUAUGACGCUUAAUGCUAUUUGCAGCCAAAUUUCAACAACAAAACAGGCAAGUAAUGUUUCAAUAAAGUCGUCAAAUUGCAAAUUUCUUCCGGAAAAAUUAUUUCCAGAACUUUUCGAUAAUGCUAUGGGUCUUUGUAAUAAAACUAAGGCACAUUUAAUUAUUAAACCAAACUGUCAACCUGUUUUUCGACCUAAGCGCCCGGUAGCAUACGCAGUUCAACAUUUGGUUGAAGAAGAAAUCAAGCGACUUCAAGAUCUCGACAUUAUCGCACCCAUCAAUUACUCUGACUGGGCCGCACCAAUCGUAGUUAUCAAAAAGCCAAAUGGUAGCAUUCAUAUUUGCGCUGAUUUCUCAACUGGUCUUAACGACGCGCUUGAAUCUUACAAGUAUCCACUACCGCUUCCAGAGGAUAUUUUUGCAAAAAUUAGCAAUGCAACAGUAUUUAGUCAUAUAGACCUUUCGGACGCUUUUCUCCAAAUCGAAGUUGAUAGCAAAUCGCAAGAACUUCUCACAAUAAACACGCAUCUAGGUUUAUUCAAAUACAAGCGUAUGGUUUUUGGCGUCAAAACUUUUCCGGCAAUUUUCCAACAAAUUAUGGAUAAAAUGCUUGCGGGUUUAGAUUGCGCAGCUGCUUACAUUGACGAUAUCUUUGUCUCAGGUAGAAACCAACAAGAGCAUGACAACAACUUACAUGAAGUUCUACAACGUAUUUAUCAAUACGGGUUUAAACUCAAGAUCGCAAAAUGCAAUUUUUCAGUUCCUGAAAUUGCUUACUUGGGAUAUAUUGUCAGUAAAGACGGCAUUCGCCCAGAUCCAAAAAACAUUGAAGCAAUCAAGACAAUGCCUGCGCCAACCAAUCAAUCCGAACUUAGAUCACUCUUAGGUGCUAUCAAUUUUUAUGGAAAAUUCAUAAAUCACAUGCGCAAAUACCGAGGACCAUUAGACGAACUACUUCAAAACAACAAGCAGUGGCAAUGGACGGAACUUCAUCAACGCUGUUUGAAUGGUUUCAAGCAAAUUUUGUCAUCAGAGUUAUUAUUAGCGCAUUACGAUCCACUAAAAAACAUAGUAGUCGCUGCAGAUGCAUCUAACUAUGGGCUCGGAGCUUGCAUUUUUCAUGAAGCUGACGACGGUUCAAUGAAAGUAAUAUGUCAUGCAUCCAGAUCACUAACGCCCACAGAAAAACAAUAUAGCCAAAUAGAAAAAGAAGCUCUUGCGCUUAUUUUCGCGGUUACGAAAUUUCACAGAAUGGUUUUUGGGAGAAGAUUCAAACUUCAAACAGAUCAUAAGCCUCUUCUAGCUAUAUUUGGUGAUAAAACGGGAAUUAAGGUGCAUCAAGCAAAUAGACUUCAACGUUGGGCAAUUAAACUGAUUGCAUACGACUUCGAAUUAAAGUUUAUUUCAACUAACAGUUUUGGGUAUGCAGACGUUUUAUCACGACUCAUACAUAACACAAUCAAUCCUUCAGAAGACUAUGUCAUCGCUGCAGUAGAGUUUGAAAUUGAAAGUAAACAAAUUUUACAUAACUCACUUGAUAAGCUGCCGCUUACCAGCAAAAUGAUUACUUACGAAACAGCUAAGGACAAGGUUUUAGCUAAAAUUCUCGAAUAUGUAACUGAAGGAUGGCCAUCAAACUGCAACAACAGUGAGUUAAAAGCUUACUUUAACCGAAAAAACGACAUAUGUAUAGUUGACGGAUGUUUAAUGUUCGGACAACGCAUUAUUAUACCUCAAAUUUUCCGAAAGCGCAUUCUUAAAGAAAUUCACCGAGGUCAUCAAGGCAUAGGUCGUACUAAAGCCAUCGCGCGGAACUACGUUUAUUGGUCAAAUAUCGAUCACGAUAUUGAAGCAAUGGUGAAAAGUUGUUCAAAUUGUGCCGCAGCAGCUAAAAUGCCCACAAAAACAACUUUACAUCCUUGGCCAAAACCUUCUGAUUCUUGGGAACGGCUCCAUAUUGAUUAUGCAGGACCAAUAGAUUCAUACUACUAUUUGGUCGUAAUCGAUGCGUUCUCAAAAUGGCCAGAAAUUAUACAAACAAAAUCUAUAACAGCAACUCAAACAAUUUCCAGCUUGAAAGAAAUUUUCGCUAGAUUUGGGUUACCGAAGACAAUAGUUUCAGACAAUGGUACUCAAUUUGUGAGUCACCAAUUUCAACAGUUUUUAGCGGAAAACGGCAUUAGUCAUAUACGAAGCAGUCCGUACUAUCCCAUGUCAAAUGGACAAGCCGAAAGGUUUGUGGAUACUUUAAAGCGAGCACUCAAAAAGUUAAAUGGGAAGGGGGUAACUGCUGAAAAUCUUCAAACAUUUCUACAAGUUUACCGAUCAACUCCGAAUAAGCAAAAUGAGGACAGUAAAUCGCCAGCUGAAGUUUUACUAAAAAGAAAAAUCCGUAUUAAACUUGACUUGAUUAAACCAACGCUGGUGUCAGACCCAAAUGUCAAGUUUAAAAACAAGUGCGAUACACAACUCAAAAUGAAAGCGCAAUUUGACAAAAGGCAUGGUGCAAAGCCAAAGUUUUACGAAAAACAAGAGCUCGUUUAUGUCAACAUAUUCAAAAACAAACACUUUGAAUGGACAAAAGGUAAAAUAAUCGAACGCAUAGGUAACGUCAUUUAUAAUGUUCGCUUACAAAAUGGCAAACUUAUUCGUGCACAUGCCAAUCAAAUUCGUGACCGAAAAGAUCAAGGAAAUGAGUUAUCUUUAGAAAUAUGUACUUCCGAAGAUAUCGCCAACGAAAAGUGUUUAGUUGAUGCAUUUGGCCUCUACGAAACAACACCUAAAGAUGUGGUCGAAAUAACUAACAACAACAUGGUUUCGACUCCAGAUCAAUCUUUCAGCGAAGUAACCGAGAUUGCAAUCCCUCAAACUGAGAAGCACAAUGAGGCAGUUGUUCCGUAUACACGACCAAGGCGUACUAGACAUCCUAUUGACAGUUAUAGACCCUAGAAUCACCGCAUUGGAGAUUUAAUCUCAAAAGGGGAGGUGUUGGCAACUCUGCCAAGAUGACAGUUGACAGAUAAAGUAGAAUUAACAUUUUAAUUCUGUCAGUUAUUUUGAACUUGU